CCCUCUUCUCGGAAGAUGGCAGGUGGAGUUAAAUUCCAGCAAGGACACCGUGCGCCAAUCAGCACAGCUCUUUGGAUUUUCCAUCGUUUCAGAUAGUGGCCACUCAUCUCUCAUCGCCUCCGCCCUUUGUCCCUUCCUUCUCUGCUUCUCUUGCUUCCCCUCAACUCUGCCGCUCGUUGGCAAUGGCGGCGAUGGCGAAGCUGGCCAUGGACAUGCCUUCUGCCCCACCUCUUUUUCCUCCCACCUGCACUUCCACUCAGCCUCCCUCCCUCGCCCCCCUCUCUAAACCCCAUCUCCGACGCCCCUCUCUCUCCAUCUCCCUCCCCACGUCAGCCACCAUCUCUCUUCUCGCCCUCUUCCCUCUUCCUUCUGACGCCAGGCCUCUCUCCCUCUCCAAGGACCAGAUCGUUUCUUCUCUCACCCAAGUGGAGCAAACCAUCGAUCAAGUUCAGGAGGCGGGUUCCGGUUUCUUGGAUACCACCCAGCGUCUCCUUCAACUUUUAAGCGAUGCUUUCAAGCCCGCCCUCGACUCCGCCUUGCCAAUUGUACGGCAGGCCGGUGAGGAGGCCUUCAAAGUUGCUUCCCCGGCCAUCUCCGAGGCUUCCAAAAAGGCUCAAGAAGCUCUUCAAAGCUCCGGUCUCGAUACUCAGCCUGUUCUCACUGCCGCUAAGACCGUAGCAGAUGCCGCCCAACAAACAGGCAAGGUUAUUGAAGAUGCUAAGCCAAUAGCUUCAACAACUGUCGAAACUAUAUCUUCCGCAGAUCCUACUGUAAUUGCUGGAACAGCUGGAGCAAUAUUUCUCGCCUAUCUCCUGCUACCUCCUAUCUGGUCUCUUGUCUCUUUUAACCUUCGUGGUUACAAAGGUGAGCUCACCCCUGCUCAAACCCUCGAUCUUCUAUGCACGCAAAACUACAUUAUGGUUGAUAUCAGGUCAGAGAAGGAUAAGAACAAGGCCGGCAUUCCUCGCCUUCCUUCUAGUGCUAAAAACAAGAUGAUUGCCAUACCAGUAGAAGAACUACCGAGUAAGCUGAGAGGGCUGGUCAGAAAUGCGAAGAAAGUAGAAGCUGAAAUAGCAGCCUUGAAGAUUUCAUAUCUCAAGAAAGUAAACAAAGGCACCAAUAUUGUGAUCAUGGACUCGUACUCGGACUCGGCGAAAAUAGUUGCGAGAACGCUGACCAAGCUGGGGUACAAGAAGUGCUAUAUAGUUGCGGAUGGGUUUUCUGGGAACAGAGGGUGGUUACAGAGUAGAUUAGGAACAGAUUCAUACAAUUUCUCGUUUGCAGAGGUACUGUCACCGUCGAGAGUGAUCCCUGCUCCGGUGAGCCGUUUUGGGACGGCCAGCGGAAAACUUCUUCCUGGGGCGGACUGACAACCCAAAUCCAUAUGUGCAUGCUUCGAGUCCUCCUCUGCGUUACAUAUUUAUCUGAAUGAAUUUCAUUAUUAUUUCCUCAACAUCAAUCCUCAGCAGUCCAACCGGGAAAUUCUUAAGCCUGGUUCGCUCAAUAGACUACUAAAUUAAGUUUUAUAUCAUCACAUUAUAAAACGUUGGAAAUUGCACUA